CAAAGUGACACAUUAUGUUCUAGUUUUUGUUGAUGUUUUACAUCGUCUGCUGUUCUUCCAUCUUGGAUGAUCUGGUCAGGACAGGAGCUUGUGACGACGAUAAAGACUUCGAUUAAAACCUGUGUAGCGAAUGAUUUGAUGGAGUUUGUGGAUUUCUCAACAGUAUUCAGAACAUCACAAUAAGUACUCUAAAUCGACUUACAAAUGACGGCACGUGGAGAGGAACAAACACUUAAGGAAAUUUAUAAUUUAUUAAAGGAUCGUGUUUUGUCUUAUACUAAAGAUAGUAACCAAAUGAUGAAUGCAAACGACCGUAUGAAAGACACACUUCAAACAACGGUCAGACAAUUGAGUUCGAUGGGAAAUGCUACUACUGGACCUCCUAGACCGUUUAUUGCCGGUAAUAAACCUGGGCCUGAAGAAAUUUCCAAACUCCAAGAUGUAAACAAAAUUCUGGAAGCUCGCCAUUUGUCAAUUAGUAGGAGGCUGGCUAAAACGGAGACUGACCUUUCCAAGGUGAAUGAUAAACUUCAACAACUAGAGAAAGGUUUGGUUGGUAUACUUGACUCCGAUAAAUCACGUGACAACACUGUACUGGAGCUCCUCCUGGAGGUGAGAUCGUCUGUAAAUGAAUGCCGACAGGUACAAACUCAUACGGACGGACAGGUUGAGAAAAUCAGCGUUGGGAUUCAGCAACUACUGCAAAACCAACAGAAUGUAUCCCGUGGCAAUCUUUCAGAGGUACAAAUUCCAGCAGAACUGAAUUUUUACUGCACUAAAAUACAAGCACAAGGAAAAGACUUCCAAAUGUUGGGUAGAACCUUGAACAUCGAGGAGAACGUACUUCAGACAAUUACCCAACGUUAUGGUGACGAUGAGGAAGACGAGAAAUUUCAACAGGUGAUCCGAGAAUGGGCGAAGAAACCCGAAGCUGUGCACAUCCGGGACUUUUUGGAAGCUUGUCAUAUAGCAAGUGGAAACACGGGAAAAGGCAAACCUUUAGUACCAAAAGAAAAGGAGAAACUUCUUCAAAAUGUAUCAUAUCUGUGCGACAAUAUGCUUGAUGUUCCAUUGGUGCUCCCUCAUCUGGUGACGAAAUCUGUGAUAUCUCCUCGACUGUCCGAGUAUGUCUUGGCACCGUCUGGAAGAAUAGAGAGGAUUUUACGACUUGUAGAUGUGCUUUGUACAAAAGAAUCUGGAUUUGAGGAAUUUUAUGUUGCCCUUAAAAUUUCUGACCAAGCUCACGUCGCCGAGAACAUGGUUGAAGGAGUUGUGCCUGGGUGUGGUAAACGCCCAGCUUCAUUUUCCGGUGUAGGCGAGGAGCGAGAAGAGGACGCACAAAGUACCAUGUCAGAAGACGUAAUGGCGCCAGAUUAUGACAUUCUCCAGAAAAUAGUAUUGUUGCUUAAGAAACGAGGCAUUGUGUAACUGCUGACUAUAGCGCGAGUUUGGACAUCAUCUUUGUGUAUUUAAGUGGUAAAAAUGCUAGGCGUUUAAAAAGACUUCCUCUCCUACUUCUUCAUUUUCUCAACAAAAGCAACAUAUCCAUUGCAAGGAAAUAUGAAAGUAUUCCUCGGCGUCUACAGAAAAGUACAAAAUCAAAACUAAAGAUGAGUGCAUAAUGACAACAAGUGGAGUGACGAGGCACUCAAAAUUAAAUGAAAAACAACAAAAAACCCACAAAAAUGUCUGUACAUUUAUACACAUCACGUUAUGAACGAAACAUAAUAGAGCUUUUAAUCACUUGUAAUACAAAUAUCGUCAUAUGAAAUUAUGGUUAAAGCAUUUUUAUGAAACACCACGAAUAGCUCUAAAUAAUUUAAGUGACAAUGAUUACUGGAGUGCUUACUUGAUCUGUCAAUAUCGUUUCAUUGAUAUUGAAGAUUAUAAUUUUUUCAUAUUAUUUCCGACAAGUGA